AUGGGUUUCUCGACGAUUGAGUUCGACAAGUACAAUCCCGCCUCGGAAAAGGCAAGCGAUGCCCGCCAGGACCUCGCCCAUCUCGACUACUCCCCGUUGAAACGCAUCACGGGGCGGUCAUGGGCUAUGGGCAUCCUCAUCUCCAUGGGAGGCAUGGUCUUUGGAUAUGACACUGGCCAAGUCUCUGGCUUCCUUGAGAUGCCCGACUUUCUCGAACGUUUCGGCGAGGCCGGUCCCGAUGGCACCUUUCACUUCAGCAACGUCCGCUCCGGUUUGAUUGUCGGUCUCCUCUCCAUCGGUACUCUCAUCGGCGCCCUGUGUGCCGCCCCCAUCGCCGACCGCUUCGGACGCCGCUACUCCAUCUCCUUCUGGUGUAUCAUCACUUCCAUCGGCUUCGUCAUCCAGAUCGCCGCCGAGAGAGCGUGGGAGCAGGUUAUGAUAGGCCGCUUCGUUGCCGGCUUCGGAGUCGGCGCCCUCAGUCUCAUCGUCCCCAUGUUCCAGGCCGAGACGGCUCCGCCAUGGAUUCGUGGUGCUCUCGUGUGCGCAUACCAGCUCUUCAUUACCCUGGGUAUCUUCCUCGCCGCCUGCUUCAACUACGGCACCGUCACACACCUCGAGCACAGCUCUGGGUCGUGGCGCAUUGUCAUUGGUCUUGGCUGGCUGUGGACCAUCAUCCUUGGCGUGGGCAUUCUGGCCUUCCCGGAAACCCCUCGCUUCGACUACCGCAUGGGAAACAUUGAGCGGGCCAAGAGCACUCUCUGCCGCGUUUACGGUGCACCCGAGAACCACUACAGCAUCCAUGUCCAGCUCGAGGAGAUUGAGAGCAAGCUCCGUGCCGAGUCCACGAUCAAGGGCAAUGCCGUCCAAGAGUUCACCGGCAUGUUCAAGGCACCCCGCAUGGCCUACCGCAUUGCCCUGGGAUGCUGUUUGCAGAUGUUCCAGCAGCUUACUGGUGCAAACUACUUCUUCUACUACGGAACCACCAUUUUCGCCUCCGUCAACAUCAACUCCUUCAUCACGCAAAUCAUCCUCAACGUCAUCAACUUCGGCACCACCUUCCUCGGUCUCUACAUCGUCGAGCACUUUGGACGUCGCAAGUCGCUCAUCACGGGUGCCAUCUGGAUGUUCAUGUGCUUCAUGGUCUUCGCCUCUGUUGGUCACUUCAGUCUCGACCAGGAAAACCCCCAGAGCACGGUCGGCCCUGGCAUUGUUCUCAUUGUAUUCGCUGCCCUGUUCAUCUUGGGAUUUGCGACCACUUGGGGUCCUAUGAUCUGGACCAUCCAAGCCGAGCUCUUCCCCUCCCGCUACCGCGCCAAGGCCAUGGCUCUUUCAACGGCCAGCAACUGGAUGUUCAACUUCUUCAUUGGUUUCUUCUCACCCUUUAUCACCGGGGCGAUCGACUUCCGCUACGGCUACGUCUUUGCCGGCUGCAACUUGGUUGGCGCCGCGAUCGUCUACUUCUUCGUCAUUGAGGGUCAGGGUCGCACCCUCGAGGAGAUUGACACCAUGUAUCUGGAGCGUGUUGCCGCCUGGAAGAGCACUCAAUGGGUGCCGCCUUCCGCCGAGGAGAUGCACCGUAUCCGCAAGCAGGCAGGUACCGAAUUGGAUGCUAUCGCAAACGAGAAUGCCUCGCAGAGCGAGAAGAGCGAGGGCAUGCAGUCCAAGGGCGUCAACGGUACCUCUCACCAAGAAAGAGUCUAA